CAGCGGGUCCCACAGCGCAAAAGGUAUCCAACUUCCAGGUGGGGUCCGGCGUGGGAAGGAAGAAAGAGUGAGCCGCGCCGCUCAUCGCUCCCCCCUUUCCUUUUAAACGCCGAGGGAAGGGGAGAGGGGGACACAUUCAAGUCCAGGUCCAGUUCGUCGGUUGGUGGCGUGCGCCUCAAACCCUCGCUCGCCACGCUCGGGUUGGUUCUGGAGCUGAAGGGAGGUAAGGUGAGUAUAAGCAUCGGAGGUACAUAGCAUGAGUAAUACCAGCGGCGCACGGCGUGCCGCGCGGAGGCAGCUGCAAGAUGGGUCUGCUGAUAAAGUUGUUGUGGACUUGGAUGCAAGCUCGCCGGUGGCGGGGAACCCUCAUGGGUUGUCGGUCUUCCCUGGUGCACGCACAUCGCCUAUUGAUGUGGAAGCUCUUGAUGAUGAGGUGCAGGCGCUAUCUCCUUCACAAGUACCUCCCCCGGGGGUGAACCGGAGAACUAGAGGGCAACCCGUGACACCAUUUUCUCUGGAUGAAGAUGCUAUCCUGGAAGAGAAUUGGAGAAUUAUAAGGCAAUGUACGACGCCAUUUUAUUUCGAUGAAGAUGCUGCCUUGGAAGCUAUGCCUUCUCACAACACGUGGAACAAACGCCAAAGGGUUGCCCCUUUGAUAUGUCUCUCCCCAGAAAGGGGAGAAGGGUCCAGCCUGCAGUCGAAUAAUGCGGUGACAAUUAGUCAAGAGCCUGCUAAGGUGGUGGUUCCAAAGGAACCAAAUUUCACUUGCCCGGUGUGCCUUAAUAAGCUAGUGGAGCCUUCAACAACAAAAUGUGGCCAUAUCUUCUGCACCGAGUGCAUCAAGCAAGCCAUCCAGUUCCAGAAGAAAUGCCCUACCUGCCGCAAGGCCCUGAGGAAGAACAACUUCCAUCGUAUUUACCUUCCGAACUCGGAUGGUUAAGGUCAGCAGCGGAUCAUUCGGGUGAAGAGUGCCAUCACAUAGAUUAUUGUCGCUGAUGAACCUGUAGCAAGUGCUCAGAUGAACAAUUGAUUAAGUUGACUGGUGUAUGUAUCAUUAGAUGGUUGGCCUAUGUAAGUGGGAUUAGCUUGAAGCUGGGGUAAAACAGUGGAUAGCAUCUUUAUCAUCUGUGUGUUCUUCUGAA